UUUGAUGGCCUAGCUGAAAAAGAAGAGGGUAUAUCUGAUUGAAAUGGCUUGAUCAUGUCUGCUGAGGAAAUGUCUUAAAAUUUUGCUCUGAUUUUCUUUUCCUUUUAUCCAAUCAUGGAGGAAAUUCGUUCGUCUUAUAUUACUUUUAAGGAAAAAUUGUUAAUUCAUGAGAGCUAUCUUCUUAAAAAACUUAGCACAGACAAGAUAUGUGCCUUUACGCUUAGGGGCAUUGGCUAAACAUGAGAAGCAAUACCAGUUCUGGCCUGAACAUCUUUAAGUUCCUUUCACUGUGCAGGGUAGAGGGAUCUUUUUGAAACAUAGCCUUACAUCUUGAUUGUGACCAAAAUCCUGUAGCAGUGAAGUUUUGCUCUGUUUGCUUUUUUAUUUGUGAGUUGCUCCUUUUUUAAAAUGAAGGGAACUUACCUUUGCAAAAUAUGCUGCCGCUGGGAGGUAUCUAUUUUUUAGCUUAGCUUGUUGAGGUAUGCCACACCCAGAAUUUUGGGUUUGGCUAAAACAUCAUCAUGUCUUUCAGGAAUUGAACCUAGGGCCGUGCGAUUAAAAACCCAAUGAUUUAUGUUAUGAGCUCCUUCUAAUUAACCCUUUUCUUUCUGUGAUUGUGAUGAUAUUGAAAGCAAAGCUUCUCCUUGGAAUGUUAUAGAAUGGGUAUUAUGGUACUGUAUGUUUUGUUGAGGAAUGAAACGGUAAGAUAUAAUUUCCAGAGGUCAGUCAAGGAAGGAUCGGGUGAGUUUUAGUUGCGAAGCACUUGACGAGGAUUCCUAUAGAAGGGUUGCAUUUUGAUUAUUGACAGUUUUCGGUGGGUGGCUGUAAUUUUGAUGUAAACGGAUUGAUACUUGUUUUAGAAAACACACUACGUUAUUUGUGCUAUGUUGUAGGGAUCAGGCGACUCAAAGGUGAUUGUGUGCUAUAAGAUGUUUAUAAGGAUGUGCAGACACGUUACUGAAUGUGCUCUCUGAAGCUUUCGAGAAUCUUAAGGAACAGUUGUUAUCAAGUUGUAGACGGUUUCGAGGAUGACUUCAGACACUUUUUCAGCAUCUGAAAAGAAUGACAGCAAGGCCUCUCUGCUGCCUGAGACCGAGAGUCAGCAUGGUCUACAAGAAUCCGAGUGUAAAAAUGCUUCAUUUUUAGGAGCAGUUUUCAAUCUAUCAACAACUAUUGUUGGGGCUGGAAUCAUGGGAUUGCCUGCUACCAUGAAGAUUUUGGGACUUGUCCCAGGGAUUUCUCUGAUUGUGCUUGUUGGAAUUCUAACAUAUGCGUCUAUUGAGAUUCUACUCAGGUUUAGCAGAGCCUGCAAGGUCUCUUCUUAUGGAGGUGUCAUGGGCGAUGCUUUUGGUCCACUUGGAAGGGUUGUACUGCAGAUUUGUAUCAUAAUUAACACUCUUGGUAUUCUUAUCGUCUACAUGAUCAUCAUUGGUGAUGUUGUCUCUGGCACAUCAGCAAAUGGUAUGCAUCAUUUUGGUAUCUUAGAAGAAUGGUUUGGUGUCUGUUGGUGGACUGGCCGACCGGUUACACUGUUUCUCACCACAAUUUUUAUUUUAGUUCCCCUUGUAUCUUUCAGACAUGUAGAUUCCUUGAAAGUUACUUCUGCAUUAUCAGUGGCAUUAUCUGUUCUGUUUGUGAUGAUCACUGCUUGCAUUUUAAUUUUGAAAUUGCUCAGUGGCAACAUCAACAUGCCAAGAUUGCUUCCAAAAGUUGUUGAUCAGACUUCAUUGUGGAAGCUGUUCACAGCCGUCCCAGUGUUAAUCACCUCUUACCUCUGUCACUUCAAUGUUCAUCCAAUACACCGUGAAUUGAAAACCUCUUCACAAAUACAAGCAAUUGUUAAAGCAUCACUUACCUUAUGUGGGGCAAUAUACAUAACUACAAGUUUAUUUGGUUAUACUCUAUUUGGGGAUCAGACUAUGGAUGAUGUUCUAGCCAAUUUUGACAGAAAUCUGGGAGUCCCUUACAGUAAUAUUCUGAAUGACAUUGUUCGUAUAAGCUAUGCUGUUCAUUUGAUGCUUGUAUUUCCAGUGAUAAACUUCUCGUUACGCCUUAAUCUUGAUGGACUUAUCUUUCCAUUGGGACGGCCUAUUUCUUCAGAUAUUCGGAGAUUUGUUUUUAUCACAACUGGGCUAGUUGUGAUUAUUUUCUUCGGUGCUGUGGUCAUACCUAGUAUCUGGGUUGCGUUACAAUUCACAGGAGCUACUGCAGCAGUCUGUGUGAGCUUCAUCUUCCCAGGAGCAAUUGCACUCAGAGACACACAUGGCAUCUCAACAAGGAUAGAUAAAUUCAUUGCAUUGUUUAUGAUUAUACUGGGAGGGAUAUCUUGUUCAAUCGCUUUAUACAGUGACAUUGAUCAGCUGUCAAAGAAAAGUAGUAUAGUUCCAACUACUCCCACAUCAUGACAAUUUAGUAAUUUACAAAAUGAUGUGUGCCUGUGGCACGGCUCCUGUAUAUGUAGGCUCCUUUUGGCAGUAUAUAAUAAGCAGGAAUAAACUCAUAUUUGAAACAUAAUGAGCAAUCCCAGAGAAGCAUAAUGUAUCACAAUCAAAUGAAAAUGUGUGCAAUAGCAAAAAUCUGGCCUACUUCCAAUUUUUUGAAUUAAACAGAGGAUUAUGGCAUUUAUAACUGUAAAUCAUGCCACAUAUGCAUUGUCCCGCCUCAGUACUUAUUGUGGCAGCAUAAGUUUAUGGGACAUAUGUAGUUUUGUACUUAUGCUUUACUCUUCUUACAAGCCUUAUCUUUUCA